AUGGAGCCCAUCUUUUCUGCCGUUUCGAACGACGCCUAUCAUCUCUACACACUUCUGCGCUGUAUCGGAUUCGCAGAAAAGGCCCGCAUACAAAUCACGCCGGAUGGAAUCCGAUUUUCUGUAGAAGAGAGCCGGGUGAUGCAGGGACUUGUGUUCCUUGACCGGGCCCUAUUCACCACUUAUACAUUCAAUGCUCCUCCACUUCAAAAUCGCAACGGCAAUGCUUUGGACGACGAGGAGUCUGCUGAGGAUAUUUAUCCUCAAUUUCUAAUAUCUCUUACCGCUCUCCUGGAAACCCUGCAAAUUUUCGGCAUUGGCGAUGCUAGUCAGUCAUCAUUUCUACCAAAUGGCUCUUUACAGAACACCCCUAGUGGUGCUUUUACCAGCCCAGCUCUAUUACUCGGCCGCACUUGUGCUUUGCGAUACUCAAGUCCUGGCAGCCCACUUUGCAUCACACUUUCGGAAUCUGGGGUCACUACAACAUGCGAGCUCACUACUUACGAGUCAGACGAUCCUUCGUUUGGUUCCGCUGGUGGUGAGGUGGAUAUACCGUUGCAACGUGACGCCAUAAUAAUGAAAAUUAUCAUGCGAUCUGCAUGGCUGUACAACGCCAUCAACGAACUGGACGCGACAAACCCAACUACUCUCACCAUUUCAGCCUCUUCUAAAACUGCGCCCUUCCUCUCACUAUCGGGCUCUGGUGGGCCAUUCAGUGAGUCUAGCGUCAAAUUCUCAACAGACAAGGAGAAGGUGGACAGCGAAGCAAAUUACAAAAAUCUACAAGAUGACGGGGUGAAACGAGCCAGACUUGCUCCCGCAGUGACCGAAACCUUCCAAGUAAAUCCUCCUUCCUCCAUGGGGUCUCUAGUGAAGGAGAAUUACCGCUUUGCGCUUAUUCGGAAAGCAUCUCGGGCUAUGGCUGCAGCGAGCAAGGUGAGCAUACGAGGGGAUAUUCAAGGGGUGCUAAGUCUACAAUUCAUGAUUGAGCUGGGCAGUGGAAACAUCGAGGGCGAAGUUGGUCCGACACGAGGGGGUGCUCGGCAUGUGAGUUUUGUGGAUUUUAGAUUUGUGCCUCUUGCCGGUCAGGAAGAUGCAGACGGAGCAGAGAAUGGAGAUUCAGAGGGUUGGUAG